UUGACAAAUAUGUCUAAAUAUUUCAAGUACCCGAUAACAACAAACAUAUAGACUAUAUAUUUAGGAAUGUGUGAUAAAAAUAAAAGUUAAGAAAACCAUAUUUUACGAAAAUUGCCGGAAUCUAUGUGCCAUUUCGUUUUUUGUAAAGUUUCUCGACCUGAUUGGCCGCAUAAAAAUCAAAAUAGCUAGCUUUUGAUGUUCCGCUUCUACAAGUUGUACUCGUUGUACAUGAACAACAUGGCCAGUGGACCUGCAGGGCAGCGGGAGUGGUGCCUGUGCGAGAAACUGCCGCGGGCGGUGCUCCACAUCCCGGUGAACCAUCGUCAGAUCUGCCAGGUGUGCGGAUUGGCCAGGCGCUCCCAGGCUGGACACGAUUCCUCCAGCGACAAGGAUGUAGAUCAGGGCACCGAGGAGCAGAAGACGAUUAUCCCUGAGCAAAGCCAAGUGGAGGAGCCCAAAAAAAGCCUAAAGACUCGGGUAAAGGUAACCAUUAGGGGCAAGAAGCCGAAAGCCAAGAAUUGUUGCCGGACGAACUGCCACAAGUGUGGUGGCUUGGCCAAAGCAGAAGUUGUCCAGGAAGGUACUGAAGCACCCAAAGAGAUGAAGUUCAAGCGGUACCCGGGGCGUCAUGGCUUGUACUGGAAACCGAAGGGGAUGAUGAGUCGUCGACAGGUGGCCAAAGCACCGCCACCUUCGACGCCGUCAUCAUCUCUUACGCUAUCGCCAUUGCCUUCAUCAUCGCCCACAGCACCACCACCACCACCACUCCCUCAUCAAGAACCGGAAUCCGCACGGUCGGAGAUGCCAAGCCUGGUGGCCAUGGCCCAUACCGUUUCCAAUCCAAAAAACAACCUGCUACAGAACUACAACAAUCUAUUUGUCAGUAACUUUAUACCCUUACAGAGUCCCAUUACGGAUACUUUUGGGGGAGCUAUCUCCAAGAGGAGCAGGAACAGCAUUCGCCCACGCAUCCACAGGAGUCGCCCAUUGCCACCACUUUCCAAAGUCUUAACCAAUAUCUUGAGCAGCCAAAACUCGAAGGAUGACAGAGAGAUGGGUGGUGGAUUGAGUAGCUGCAACUGUAAGGACUCGCAAUCGACCGAUUCCGAGCUGGCUAGCCAGUUCUGUCCAUUUGAUCAGUAUGAAGGUCCAUCCGAAGAUGCUCUUGUCGUGAAUAGCGCCCGAUAUAUGCUCCAUCGACCGAAAUCACUGCACGUCGAACCACGACAGGAUGUGCACAACAAUCGCAUUGAAUCUUUGAACUUUCAGUUCAGCUCUACCAAGAACACCCCGAGUCCAAACGCUGACAAUCUAUCGGGCAUCCUAUUCAUGACGCAUUCAGUUCGUAAAACCAGACCAACCAACAGCUCGACCCCCAAACCGGCAGUUACUCAGCAGAGCAAUCGGGAAAUUAAGGCGAAAGAGUCGGAAGUCGGAGUCGAGAGAUCUUCCAUUUUAACCUCAAUCAUGGACAAAGUAUUCAACUCACAGGAAUCGAAAAGCUCAAACUACGUGGAUGACAAGAUACCAGAAUUGGAGGAUAUUAAUAAGACGAUCAACGACAUGUUUGUCGAGGACCCUGAACGCAUUUCUUUGAAAAGUAAUGAAUCAAAUGAGCACAGUGCAUUUUCAUCAAAUAAAACAAACCACUACGAAGAUUAUUCCCAGCCCGUUUCAAAAACACUAAGCAUAAGCAAUUCAACCUGGGAACGAUUUUGUGAAACCAAACCCAAAUCGACAUUAUAUAAGUGUGCUCGCUGCGGACAGCAUAAGCAUCGUGAAGAUAUAUUUGCUAAAAUUAAAAUAAAGGAUAGUAAAGUUCCAGGAAAAUCCGAUGCGAAUCAAAUCAGGCUGAAUAAAAAAAUAGGAUGCGCAAUAAAGCAAAGGCUAAAUAACUUAAGAUCCUUUUCAGGAGCACAAGAAUGUAAAAAAUUCGAACACGAAAAGAAGAAAUCCCUAAAACCAGCAGAUCAUGGAGUAACCCCAGAGCUUUUUAGAGAAAACCGAAGUAUGCAAAAGCGAAAAGCUACGGAUGACAUCCCAAAUGAGGAAAAUAUAAGACGGCAAUCCAUAAUUACAAGCAUUCAAAGCAAGGGGUAUUCUUUGGCAUCACAAACUCCUAUAAACGAUCAAAGCACUUUAAAAUGUUUAAAUUUACAAGCAAAAAUAGAUAAUAGGGAUAACAAUCCAGCCAAAAUAUAUGAUCAACCAAAGAUCACUCUCUCCAAGAUACACCACGAAUGUCUUCAAAAUCGACCCAGAAUCGCACUUAAAGCUGUGAAUUUAAACCAAUCUCAAAUACCGGAUAAUAACUUUCAAUUACGUAGACAUAAGGAGCCAUCGUUCAACUGGGGAGUGAUGCAAAUCUGCGAGACUGUAUCUCAUAGGAGUCUAGUAAUCCCCAAAACACUGGUUCCCACUUAUGUUGGUGAGUUGGUGCAUAUCGGUCAAGCCACGAAAUGCUAUAUCAAGAAAAAUAUUCUUCCGGACUAUCCGCCUUCGUCUCUCUUUGAGUUUCGUAUCCCUGACAUUAGUCCCAACGAGCUGCUAUCCUAUCGAAGUUCGGAUGACAUUAGCGGAAGCUGUACUCCAAUACCUCAUACAGCGAGUCCAAAGGAGCAACCUAUAAGCCAUAAAAACCCGUGUCUUCCGGUUGAUCCAACCCAGCCAGAAAAAUCGGAAAGUCGAAAGACUAUAUACGAAAAUCUUGAAUUGUCGUUCACCACACAAAAAGCAGAUAGUUUUAACCAUCCCAAUGAUAAAUUAGCUGAUUAUGAAGACCAAUUGGUAGAUAUGAAUGAAAAAUGCAUAAAUGCUGAUUUUAGUUCCUUAAGUGACAACAAUAUGGGCCAUACAUCAAAUGCAGAUUUAAAAACUUUAAGAAAGGAAGAAGAUCCAUUAAAUGCAUCCAAUCCAAAGACUGAAAUUACGGCAGUUGGUAAUACGUUUGCGAGAUCAAAAGAAAAUAAAGAAAAUUCGAAGGAUACAUUGUACCAGGAAAGCCGCAUUACGUUACAAAAGUACAGUCACUCAAAAUUAAACAAUGCAAUUAGAAAACAAAUCGACAAAUCCUUGCAACAGAAGAUCAAAAAAAUUAUGAGUAAACCGAUACAGUUGCUAAAAUCGAAUGAUUCAGAUUCAGUUGACAAAUUUUUGGAGCCAUUUACAAACAAAUUAAGUGUUUUCGAAGAAUAUAAUGCAAACACAUCUCAAGAAAACUUGAAACUUGGACCAAAUGCCAUUUUGAAUAAAGAAACGGAUACAGCUUUUUCAAAUUCCUUCACGGAAUUAAGUUCAAGUCAAAAGCCACCUCGUCUUAUAGCCAAUCGGUGCUCCUCAAGUGAACCAAAGUGUCUAACUAAAGAAUCUAAGGUAGAAACUGAUUCUGAUGCAGCAUCGGAACCGAUGAUGACCUGUAGAACCACCGAGUAUGAAGGAUUGCCUCCUCUGAACUGGCAAGUAAUCUCAAUGGGCUCAGCUCAUCCAAAUAAUAAAUAAUAUAAUAUAAAUAAUAUUGUGCAGGAUGAUUCGGAAACAUCUCUGGGAGAAGAGUAUUACUGUCCUAUUCACAUGUGCGGAAGCCUUAUAAAGAUAUUUUCUUCCCAUAUCCUGCAAGAUCAUAGAGUUGGGAAAACCAAAGGUGCUUCACCACAGGAAGAUUACCAUCAAGUAGUGGAAGGUUUACCAAAGCAGUUCUCCUUCGAUGGCGAUCUCCUCACCAAAGGAAACACUUUUGUGGCCCUUCUCUUUUACACCAGCUUAGCGAAAGAAAGAUCACAUCGAAUGCGGAAUCAUCCGCUGACCAUGCUAGCUGCUCCAAAAAUGGCGAAGGAUGAUACAUUAGCCGGCGUUUUCUUCUGGCUGGUCGGUUGUCCAUCGUGUGCCCAACUUCUUGCCAAGCUCACAGUCUACGAUCCAUUCGAUCAAAUUGGACGGAGUAUGAUCAUAAGACCACGUGAAUUAUCUCAGAACCAAGACCCUCGAGAAUUCGUCGCCAAUUCGAAAGAUCAUUUGCUUAUAAGCGUUCCACACAAGCAAAGAACUUUUCAAAUAACCGUGGUCAUAGAUGAACCUCAAACUUAGUUAUAAAGGAUAUCUAGUUACUUAAAACUAAAAUUUAUAGACGUUGUUAAUUUUCGUUUUUAAUCCCUUUGAUACCACGAGUUUAAUUUUAAAGACAAAUUGUAUGUUGUAUAUUUUUUAAUAAAACGUUCGAGCAAGAACUAAAAAACGCUCAAAUAUCUCUCACAUCAGAUCAGAAUUGCCUAGCUUUAUUUAUAUAAUAGUUAAUUGCGUGUUACACUACUAAUUUCAUUAAGUUGUUAGUUUUUCUUUAAUUACAUGUAGAGUAAAUAUUUUUGCACAUAGAAACGCAUGCGCUCACAUCUACGUACGUACUCGCUAUGAUUAUUAUCAUUUGCAAUCGUUUCUUGCACCUGCCUAGUGCGCUCUGCUGUAUACAUUUACAAACAUAGGAAUAGAAAUAAGUAAUAUAUAUGUAGUUUGUUUAACGGCUU